UACCCACAGUGCGGACAACAACAGAUAGACAAGGACCCAAGAACCCAGAGACAAGGAGCCAAUGGGGAGAGGGACUAAUCCUUGCCGACGCAACACUGCAUCUCCCACUCCCUCAAGCAAGCAUGGCAUCGAACACUUCCUUCAAGCACUGCCCAUAUAUUAGCUGUCCCGGAUAGAUAAGGAGAGAGGGGGAGCAUGGGCCGUUGGGAAUGGUGAUCACCACCAUGGUUAUGUCGACCAAGAUAGCUCGAUAACUCCUAGGAGGGACAAAGACGAAAAGGAGGGAGAGGUCAAGAAUGGCGGCACUGGCUGCCGCCGCCGCUUGGACCGGCCUCCUCCUCGCCCUCGCGCCGGUGGUUGGGGCCGAUACCGACGCCGCCGGUGUUGCGGCUUUGGGGAACCUCUACACCUCCUGGAACAGCCCGGCUCAGCUCGCCGGUUGGUCGGCGGCUGGCGGCGGCGACCCCUGCGGCGCCGCCUGGAUGGGCAUCACCUGCUCAGGCUCGGCCAUAACUGCAAUCAACCUUUCUGGCGUGGGAUUGACUGGUACUCUUGGUUACCAACUGUCCAGUCUAGUCGCACUGAAAACGAUGGACUUGAGCAGCAACAACCUGCAUGAUGUAAUUCCUUAUCAGUUACCACCAAAUCUUAUCCAUCUGAAUUUGGCCAGAAAUAACUUUUCUGGUAACCUUCCAUACUCUAUAUCCAACAUGUUAUCACUUGGCUACCUCAAUGUCAGCCACAACUCGCUGUUUCAGGAAAUUGGUGAAGUAUUUGGGAACCUCAAUUCCCUAUCUGAAUUGGAUUUAUCUUUCAACAACAUGUCGGGGAAUCUUCCAAUUUCUCUUGCAUCUUUGUCAAAUCUAUCUAGCCUUUAUAUACAAAAUAAUCAACUCUCGGGAACAGUCAGUGUCCUCGGCAACUUAAGCCUUACUACAUUAAAUAUAGCAAACAAUAACUUCAGCGGCUUGAUACCAGGGGCACUCAGCUCGAUUCCAAAUUUGAUAGUUGGAGGAAACUCAUUUAUCAAUAUGCCUGGAUAUCCACCACCCAUUGCCAUGCCACCAUCUCAGAGUCCACUUGAUCAGCCAGACUAUCCUCAAGGACCAACAAGUUUUCCAGAUCGCCCUGACCCUGAGAUCACUAUCGAUGAAGGUGACAAGAAGCAAGGUCGGCAAACAGGUGUGCUUGUCGGGUUGGUUGUUGGCUCAGUAGCUGCUGCUUCAUGUGUACUUUUCGCGUUGGUAUUCUGCCUUCACAGUGCCCAUAAAAGAAAGGAUGGUGGUACCAGCGAACCAAAAGACUUUGUAGGUGCUCUUGCAGUAAACACAGACAGAGAUUUUAAUAAUAACAUCCAACAGAACACUCCUGUAGCUUCAGUGCUCCCGCGGUCUACUGGGACUCCUGAGAGGGUGUAUGGUAUAAAUGGUUCUCCAGCAAAAAAGAUCAAGGUUCCUGGCGCGGCCACUUCUUAUACUGUUGCUUCUCUCCAAGUUGCUACAAACAGUUUCUGUCAAGAUUCCCUCCUAGGCGAGGGUUCACUUGGUCGUGUUUACAAGGCUAAUUUCCCCAAUGGACAGGUACUUGCUGUGAAGAAGAUAGACAGUGCUUCACUUUCCUUGUAUGAAGAAGAUCAUUUUCUUGAGGUUGUGUCGAGCAUUACUCGGCUUAGACACCCAAACAUUGUAUCGCUUACGGGUUAUUGUGUUGAACAUGGGCAAAGGCUUCUUGUGUAUGAACGCAUCACAAACGGAACACUGCAUGAUAUGUUGCACUUUUCUGAUGAAGAGAGCAAGACCCUUACAUGGAACGCCCGCGUGAGGAUAGUGCUAGGCAUUGCUCGAGCUUUAGAGUACCUGCAUGAGGUGUGCCUGCCCCCUGUUGUACAUAGAAACCUUAAGUCAUCAAAUAUCCUGCUUGAUGAAGAGUACAGCCCACAUCUGUCUGACUGUGGGCUUGCUGCAUUUUCACCAAAUCCCGAGAGAGAGGUUUCAACUGAGGUGGUUGGCUCAUUUGGAUAUAGUGCCCCAGAGUUUGCCAUGUCAGGAACAUAUAGCGUACAGAGUGACGUGUACAGUUUCGGAGUAGUGAUGCUAGAGCUACUGACAGGCCGUAAACCGCUAGAUAGAUCACGAGAGAGGCCGGAGCAGUCCCUUGUCGGAUGGGCAAUCCCGCAGCUUCACGACAUCGAUGCGCUCGCCAAGAUGGUUGAUCCAUCAAUGGAUGGGAUGUACCCCGCAAAGUCUCUCUCCCGUUUCGCUGACAUAAUUGCAUUGUGUGUCCAGCCGGAACCGGAGUUCCGUCCACCGAUGUCCGAGGUUGUCCAGCAACUCGUACGCCUGUUGCAGAGAGCCAGCAUGUUAAGGCGACAAUCGGGGGAUGAUCUAGGGUCUUCAUACCGGGUUAUGGAGCGCGAAGGGAGUGCAUGGGACACCUUGUGAGACCAUGCUAGAACUGGGACCUGGACAACACUUCAGCCUUCAGGAUGUGCAGAGCUGGAUCGGAACAUACUACAAUCAUCUUUUGAGUAUUAUACUGUUCAGUUUUUACAGCGUUUUAUGUCUGGUAUUUAUAGAUCUGGUUAUCACUUGGACCAAAUAUACUGGGAAUUUUGUGAAUGGCUUGUAUAGAUAAAGAAUUUUGUUUUGCGUGAUCGGUUGUAUAGAUAAAAAGGAGAAGAGAGGCAGAAAAUAGAUUUAUGGGUGUGCGCCCUGUCA